UCCGUCCUCUCUUUGCACACUGAAGAAAAAGGAAAAGUUUUAGCAAAGAGAAGCCAUCAGCUCGACAGACGUCUUUGAAUCAUCUUAAAGCAGCAGAAGAAGCAGGAUACGAUGUCGCUCAUCCCAAGCUGGUUCGGCGGCAGGCGCAGCAACGUCUUCGACCCUUUCUCUCUCGACCUCUGGGACCCCUUCAAGGACUUCCCUUUCCCAUCCUCCUCCCUCUCCGCCUCUAAUUUCCCUCAGACCUUCGGGGAGAACACCGCUUUUGCCAACACAAGGAUCGACUGGAAGGAGACCCCAGAAGCCCACGUGUUCAAGGCGGAUCUCCCCGGGCUCAAGAAAGAGGAAGUCAAGGUGGAGAUCGAAGACGAUCGGGUGCUCCAGAUAAGCGGCGAGAGGAAUGUGGAGAAGGAAGACAAGAACGACACGUGGCACCGGGUGGAGAGAAGCAGCGGGAAGUUCAUGAGGAGGUUUAGGCUGCCCGAGAAUGCGAAGAUGGAUCGGGUGAAGGCCUCGAUGGAGAACGGGGUGCUCACCGUCGCUGUUCCCAAGGUGGAGGAGAAGAAGCCUGCGGUCAAGGCCAUUGACAUCUCUGGUUAAAUUCAAAUUCAGUUUCUUUGUGGUUGCAAGAAUGAGAGCUUUUGUGUUUGGCAUUCCGUUAGCAAGUGUGACUUUUGGAUAUUUUGCUCUUCUUGAUGGGUCAUGCAAGGAGUUGUGGUUGUUCGUGUGAGUGAGUAAUCAGUGUCUUGUAAUUUUGUCGGCUGUUAGUAUGAAUAAUCUUUCAUAGAGUUUGCUCUAAUUGAUGUCUGGUUUGUCUGAUCUGGAGUAGAUUGAACAGUACCUUUUUAGUCAUGGAUUUUCAGUUGCUGUCGACGGUCUUGUAAUUUUGCCGGUUGUAAGUAUGAAUAAUCUUUCAUAGAGUUCUGCUCUAA